CCGUAUAAACCACUCACCCUGGUUUUCGUGUAUCUACAUGUAAUAUCUUUAAACGCAAAAUUUUUCUACCUAAAACAAAGUUCACUGUACACCUUGAAGAAGCUACUCUAUUUGCCAAAAAAUUGAUUUUCCCUGUAGAGAUCAUAUAAUAUUUUACAAACUUUGAUAACACCAUGAAAUAUAUGUUCAUCAUUCUAACGGGUUGCGUAGCUAUUUCGAAAAUUUCUUGCCAUGAAGUGGACAGUCUCACUUUCCCAACUGGAAUGCUAUUUGGAGCUGCCACUUCGGCAUUUCAAACCGAAGGGGCCUGGAAUGUUAGUGACAAAGGAGUAAGUAAUUGGGAUUAUUGGACUCAUCAGUGCCCGCAGUGCAUAGCAGAUGGGAACAACAUAGAGAUAACUUGUAACUCUUACUACAAGUACAAAGAGGAUGUGGCUUUACUUAAGAAAAUUGGUUUCAACUAUUAUCGGUUUUCGAUCAGCUGGACACGAAUUCUUCCUCACGGACUUAAGACCAAAGUGAACAGAGCGGGUAUUGAACACUACUUAAAUUUGACGAAGACGUUAAUUGCGAAUGGUAUUGAGCCCAUGGUGACCAUAUACCAUUUCGACCACCCGCAAACGCUAGAAGACAUGGGUGGAUGGAUGAACAAGCAUAUGGUGAAAUGGUUUGCACAAUACGCUCGAAUUAUCUUCAAAGAACUGGGGCCUUAUGUUAAAAUCUUUACAACCAUUAACGAACCGCAGAAGCUGUGUCAAGGCUAUGAGGGAAACAGUAUGAGCCCUGGCAAAAGUUUACUCGAUUACGGAGAAUACACCUGCAUAACCAACGUUUUGAAAGCUCAUGCUACAGCUUAUCACAUCUACGACAAAGAAUUCCGUGAAACUCAAGGUGGUCAGAUUGGUAUUACCAAUCCUUGCGACGGAUUCGUUUUUGACGAAACGAAUGACACCAUUUCCGCCGAUAUAGGUUUCCAAUUUGGCUGUGGAGUGAUUGGGCAUCCUAUUUACAAGGGCGACUUUUCGAAAGUGAUGAAAGAGAGGAUAGCCAAUUACAGUAAGGCAGAAGACUAUCCAGAAUCACGUCUUCCCACGCUCACGGAACAGUGGAUAUCAUUUAUAAAGGGAAGCUCUGAUUACUUUGGUCUGAAUCACUAUUCGUCCGUCAUCUGGCUGCCUGAUCCAAACGAAACCCCUGGAAGAUAUUCCUCCGAUUCUGGUUUAAUACGCAAGACUAGACCCGAAUGGAUUACUGGAUCGGAUUCCACGACGAAAAUCGUGCCUGAGGGGUUUGGCAAUUUGCUACGAAAAAUCAAAGAAGAAUACGACAAUCCGCUGGUCUACGUCACUGAAAACGGAUUCCCUGACCACGGUGAAAUGAAGGAUUACGAUCGAAUAAAAUACUACCGUACAUACAUGGAGGAAAUGUUUAAAGCCGUCAAACGGGAUGGCUGUCGGGUCGAACGGUAUACGAUUUGGAGCCUGAUGGACAAUUUCGAACUGAAUUCUGGCUACGCAGCACGCUUUGGCAUCAUAAAAGUAAACUUCACCAGCCCUAACCGAGAAAGAACACCGAAGCUCUCCGCGUCAUGGUGGAAAUUUAUUCUUCGAACUCAUAAGCUUCACGAUCUUCCCCGUAAAUAUGCAGCCGCGGAACAGAACGUCACCAAAGGAUCGCGCUAAGCUAUGAGUUCCCAGAUGUAAGUGCUAACAAAUAAUUCACCCUAUAACUUCAGUAAUUAUUGUUGACCGACAUUCAUACCAACGAAUGUAGAAAUAUUCGAGUUGACGGUAAAAGAGUAACAUUGUGUAAUUUGUUACCCAUUUAUUCAACAGAUUCAAAAUGGAGAAUUUUUUUUUUUUUACAUACAUAAAAAGUCGGGAGUGGACCAAAUAAGAUUGACGAUAACUCUAAGCAUUGAAACAAUUUCUUUCUACAUUGUAUAUAUAACGUUUUGUAUGCGGAAAAUAAAAACUGAGUUUCGUCUGCCCAGUCUGAAUGUA